AUGUCCAGCCCGAGUUCCCAGCCCGAAAAUGCCAUACCCCCUGCACCCCUAAGUCAGGGGGGUCAACCCGCCAUCGGCGCAGGUCCAGAUCCAAGUUCGACUGUCCUGGUACCAGCGUUGAGCAAUGCAGGCGAGGUGUCCGGCCAGGGCCAGAACCAGCACCCAAACCCGCCCCCUUUCUUUUCACAGGCCAUCCGCUCCAGCGAUUCAGACCAAGCCUACAUAAAGGACGAUAUAAAGUCUCGCGGCCCCAGCCACGGCCAAAGGCAGCCUGCUACUUCGCUCCUGACCCAAGCCCUGGCAUCUGCUCGUGGUAUCCCUCAAGGUCAGAAACAGAGUGGCAACGGUAGCGUCAAGAGCGUCGACAACAAUAACAACAACAACAACAACUCAAACAAUACUACCCCAAUUUUCCACGACAACGGCGACAGUAGCAGUGCUGGCAGCAGUCGGUCAUCUAGAUUUCGGGGCAACGGUCAUCUCCCCCCGACCGAUCGCGGACCGGAAUCUACGACCUCACAUACCCACACCGCAAGUCGGCCAGCGCCUAUGAAGCAUGGAGAGCACCAAUCCUCCCUAGGUCGCGAUCCUUCUCCGUCGUCUUCAACCAUGGCGGCGCCGACUAUGGUCCAGAUAGCUUCUGUUGCGAUUCCAACCUCUACUUCCAUUCCACGUCGGUACAACCCUUCCGAUCUGGCUCAAGCCAGAGAUAUGCUCAUGGAGCGCCGAGAUUUUCUCGAUAGGGCUAGAGGUCGUGCCUCCACAUCUCUCGAACUCGACCGUUCAACCCCCGAUGUACUCAAAUAUCGUGCCCUGUCUCUUUCUGCGAGUCCCGAAGAGGCCUCGGCGCCCACUCGGCCGUCCUACUUGUCUAAUGACCCGCUCCAAUUGCCUCCGACCAAAGCACCCAACAACUCAGCGUUGGACAUCGAUUUCAGGUUGUCGCACCGAUCGUCUUUGGAGAGUAAAGUGACAGUCAGCCCCGAGAAAACUGAAAAGAUUUGGUCAAUCAGCUCAGGGGGCGGCAACGAGGAGGACGGCUUGGUUGAAAAGUCGGUCGCUGAGGCCAUAGCUGGAGUUGAGCCAAACGCCCGAAGCCGCAAGGCGAGUUACAGUCUACGAUUUUUCAAAGAAGGCCUUCCACCUGAGGACAAGCCGAGGAGGAGAGAUGCCAAGACGACACCUCGCGACAAGUUGUCGCCAACUUGGGAGGAAGGCGUGCCGGAGGGCUCGACAAUGACCAUCGUGGCCCCACCUGGCAGUCGCAAUGAAGAAACAUGCCCAGCCCAGAGUACGCGUGCUGGCACGAAUUGGGUUUCCCGCGAUUACUUCAAUCGAGAGCCCACCGAUACCGCGGCCGAAGUUGACAAGACUCCCGAGACACUGCUCGGCUCGAGAUUGCGACCAGGUCAUGAGGCCACAUGUAAGCCGAUAUCGCCACCCGAUGAGGUGGGGCCGACACCGGCCUCACAAGCCGACGUGGAAGAUGGGCAACGGAGGUCAGCUGGUGACGAAGAGGAAGGGGAACACCCGUCCGGCAGUGUUAAUGACAAUACUGGUCCCAAAGCCCGCAGCAGACAUGAAGGUGAUGUCGACGAUGUCGAUGUCGAUGCGGACGCGGACGCGGAUGCGGAUGCGGAAGAUGCUGAUGAAUCUGGCGAGGAAAAAAUCUCGUCUGCCGUCUUCCUGCCCCACCAGGAGAUGCCAGAUGCCCGGAGUGUUGCCCCUGAUUUGUCCGGUUCAACCCAAGCCCAACGAUCAAGAUCCAUUUCACAAAGUAGCUCCCAUCCGUGGCUCGUCAAGGCUGAUGAACCAGAGCCUGAGCCUGAACCGCAUGACAAGGGCGAGACAAUUGCCGCCGCUGACGUGUCCCGUACCGAGCAUCGUGAGAACCGUGUUCCGCCCGUGGAGUUGCAAGAAAAAUCCAUCGAAGCUGCACUUGCACUCGAACCUGUUGUCAAGGGCCAGAAGCAGAAGGCUCCAAAGUCCCAAUCAACUGUGAUACAAUACGAGGAUCAUGUCCAUCACCACCAACACCAUCCCCGUCAACCGCUCGAAGCCAUUGAGCUUAUCCCGUACAAGCACCAAGUGGGCGGUCACACAACGAUUUGGCGCUUUUCCCGCAGAGCGGUGUGUAAGCAGCUCAACAAUAGGGAAAACGAAUUCUACGAAACAAUUGAGCGUUAUCAUCGUGACCUGCUUCCAUUUCUUCCCCGAUAUAUCGGUGUUCUGAAUGUGACUUUCCAGAAGCAACCACGACGGAAAAGCACGGUCAGAAAAGACGAGACUGCGUCGGCCGAACGCAAGAAGGCCCUAGGCGACAAUAAUGACGUGGAAAAAAUGACAAACGGGGCUGAUCAUCCGGUCACCGAGGGGCCUGGAAACGAAUUGACCGAUUCGGCGCCCACGAGAAUUGUCAGUCAGUCGCUGGCAAAUACCGCUGUGCAGAUCCCUACAGUCACAUUUGAUGAUAACAAGCAUAUUUUACCACGGAAUCUACUCCAGCCGACCCCACCAGCCGAGUUUUUUCGACGUCGCAGCACGUCGUCUACCAAGUUGUAUCGGAGUAUAUCCAACACCGAGACGCCACGGCCUCAGUUGGAAGAACGCCCCAACAGCUGGGGAGCAACGACAAUAAACAAGCGCCUUCGGAAUGAGGUCUUCAACGACGCUUUUUUAAAGGAGCCAGUCGAAGUCCAAAAACAUCGCCGCCCUCACCAGCGCGCAAUACCUCGACCUACGAUGCAGCGACUUCUCAGACCCGCCACUUCUGACCCAAGUCUUGCUGCGUCUGAUAGACAGAGUGAGCUCGAACAAAAGCCUCCUCCCACCAAAGUUCGGCCACCUUCGCCACAGAUUCACCACAAUGGACAUGGCCAGAGCGAUCUAGGUGCUGCAGCUGCUUCGCUUUCCGGGCAAUCAGAUGACGCGGAUGCUCCUACCAAGGAUCUCACUGGAACUAGUGCCCCAGAGCCUGAGAUCUUGAAAGCAACUCUUGCCACAGGUAGGAGGAGAAGAAGGUAUUCGGCAGGCGGUCUCAGACGGCGACCAGAAGAUGUCCGGGAGUCUCGAGGCGACCUCAAGUAUUUUGAAGAAGCCGAUGAUGCAGAGUACAAGACUGACAAAGAGCAACUGGCCGCCGAAAAAGCUGCGAAAGAUGCGGGUGCCAACACUGAAAAUGAAGCCGUCCACGAAGAUGCGCCAGUUUACGGUCCGGCGCUCAUUUCACCGCUAGAUUUGACUCACCCUAGAGGACCGUCUGCGGGACCGUCCGCUGUUCUUAGUCCCACGGCCGAGUUCAAGAAAAUCCCCCGACCUAUCAAUCCAAAAGAAGCCAAAACGCGCGGAGAUCGCGUGGAGUACUUUCUAUUGAUGGAAGAUUUGACGGCUGGUAUGAGACGACCGUGUAUGAUGGACCUCAAAAUGGGCACGCGCCAAUAUGGCGUAGAUGCAAGCCCGAAGAAGCAAAAGUCGCAGCAAGAAAAGUGUCGCACGACUACCUCUUCUGAGCUGGGGGUGCGUAUUUGUGGCCUUCAGGUCUGGAAUGCCAGGACACAGUCUUAUGAAUUCCAAGACAAGUACUUUGGCAGGAAGGUCAAGGCUGGGGCCGAGUUUCAAAACGCGCUCCAGAAAUUUCUGUACAACGGUGUCGACUUGGACAGCGCCCUGCGCCACAUUCCCGUUAUUCUGAAGAAGCUUGCUCAACUCGAGCAAAUCAUUCGUGGCCUCGAGGGUUACCGAUUUUACGCUGCCAGCCUGCUCAUGUUUUAUGACGGCGACACAUCCGAGGAAGGAGGCUACGAAACAAUGUACGACUCAAUGACCGACGUGGCAACCGAUACCGAAGAGACUACUCGUCCACGGCGGAAGAAUCCCCGACAAAUUGACUUCAAGAUGGCGGACUUUGCCAACAGCCUUACACCCCUAGAUGAAAUACGAGACAAGGCUUGUCCCCCACGUCAUCCUGAUAAGCCAGAUUUGGGCUUCUUGAAGGGGCUAAGAAGUCUUCGGCAGUACUUUUUGCAAAUCCAAGCGGAUGUUCGAGCAGAACUGGGCUUGGGGCCUCGCAGAGGCCGUGAUGACUGCCCAUGGCUGUCAGCCCCGAUGGAUGAUUUGCAGCUCGACUUUGAAGAAGAUUUGGACUCUGGUAGUUCACUUAGUCUUUGA